AUGGAAAAGUUGGAAACAUUAUAUAAAAAUAUUAAUGAAAAACAAAAGUGGGGUCACCCAAAGAGUGCAGGGUUAUGGAGCAAACUUACAUUAGGAUGGCUUGACAAGUAUAUAAAGAAUGCAGCAGCAGGAAUAAAUCACAAUCCAUCUGAAUUUCCGAAGAUUCUUGAAUCAGACUCUACGAUUCUUUGGACGAAUAAACUCGAGAUGGAAAUUAUGAAAAUGAAUUCCAACGUAAAUAAGUACGAAGACUUUAAUGUCAACAUCUUUAGAGCAGUAUUUAAUGUUCUGAGAGGUUCUUUGUUUAGAAUUCUUCUUGGCAAGAUUUUUUGUGAAAUACUGGGGAUUUUUAUUGCUGAUAGGCUGAAGUUGAGCUUGAAAACUAUCGAGGCUUUUUCCGAACUAAACAAGAACCAUGACGAAUACUAUAUUUUGAGGAAAGAAGGUAUAAAGAUAGCUAUUGUAAUUAGUUUGCUUCAGAUUUUGUUCGUAAUCUCUACUACACAAAUAGGGUAUUACAUAUGCAGGCAAACUGUCCGAAUUCAAGGUAGUAUUACUCACCUUUUAUACAGGUCAGUGCUUUCGAGAGGUAUAAACAGAAUUGAAAUAGGCCAAGACACUAAUGAUUUUAAAGGAGAAGACACUACCAGCAUCUACAACAGCAUCUUGAUUGACAUGAAUAUUGUGGUCAAAGUUAUAGUAUCUUUAGUCGACAUAGUUAUUAUUCCUAUUAGAAUGAUUUUGGUUUUAACAAUGUUGACACGAACAAUGGGUGACUCAGUUUUAAGCAGGCCAGCAAUGUUUUGUAUCAUAUUCAUUUCCCUCCUAGUCAUUCUACUGGAAGUCUGCUUAGCCUUCUUCAAAUGGAAUUAUCUUGUGAGGAGGGAUGAAAGAAUGAAUAUUAUGGACUAUACUAUUAAGAAAUUGUCAUCUAUCAAGAUUCUUGGAUUGGAAAGCUUGUUUUACUGGUCAAUCAACGGCUCCCGUAUUAAUGAGUUAAGGUCACGUAAAAGCUUUGUAGUUUUCCAAUCUAUUUCUUCAGUAUUAUACUCUACUGCUAAUCUAAUUACUCAAUACACUCUUUUCAAGACAGUCCUAAUUUGCUCGGUACUCUAUGGUCUUGAAGUACCAACCAGCAAAAUAGUUACUUCCUAUUAUGUAAUUGAUAUGUUUUCUCAAAGACUUUCCGAUCUUCCUUUAUUAAUAUCAACUAUAGUUGAAGGUAAUAAUUCAAAGAUUCGUAUGGAAUCUGUAAUCAGAUAUGUAAUAUUGCGUAACUUGGAGAUAAAAGAAAGCCUUCGUAGAGACGCGGAAUUCCAGAAUUCUGUAAAAGAAAUCCAAAACAAUGGCUCUUUUGAAAGCAAUACAAACUUUAACUCUAAUUCUAUGCUUGAGGAAAGCAGUGUUGAAGAUUUCGCAGGUUCCAGUUUCAAUAUCAAUAUUAAUGAAGAAAUUGGUAUUCAAAAGGCCAGAAACAUCUCUGAUAGCACCGUAGUUUUAAUCAAGAAUGUGGAACUCAUUAACGAUCUUUUUGAAGAUAGAAUAAAUAUUAACCUCUUCCAAGUGGAAAGGAGCUGUAUGACUGUGAUAGAGGAUCAUUCUUCAGAAAGACUUCAAAUAUUUGUACAAGCAAUUCUUGGAUAUAAUGAUUAUGGGUGUCAAGUUGGACCGAAAAUUAGCAAUUGUACCGAGUCUAUCUUUUAUAUUAGGAGAAUAUCAUGUUUGCCUAUUUUCUGGUGUUCUCAUGAUCCUUGGAUACCAUCUGGAACAAUUCGAUCAAUAAUACUUUGUGGAUCUCCAAUGAUCAAAAAUCUAUAUAAGCUGGCACUUUUUGCCUGCGAUCUUAAUGCUGAUAUUUUUUCCUGGAAAGACAAAGAUCUUAGAUUUGUUGAUGGAAGGCAAGGACUUAGUGGAGGCCAGAUUGCAAGAAUUGGCCUUGCCAGAGCCGUAUAUAAGUACCUUGUAAACUCUCAAAAUGACGCGGACUUUGAUCAUCUUUUCAUUUUGGAUAACUGCUUCAGGUCAAUUGAUAUUCCCGUUGCAAUUAAUAUAAUGCUCAGACUAUUCACAGGUGAAGAAGCAAUACUUCAAGAUGCUAAUACUAUCCUAAUUAUUUCCCCAGUUUUAAAAGAGAUACUAUUUUCUAAAUCAGUAGGAACUUUUUCCUGCUCGAUUAGAGAGUACAAAUUUAGAAAUGAUGGUAUUACUGAAGGAUUUACAAUAUUCAAAAAGAAUCUUAUUGAUGGAAACGUUUCCAAAAACUUUGCUUUUGCCAAUAAUAAUCCCAGCUUAUCUAUUGAAAACCAGAUAAGUGAAGACGAAGAGAUAUUUAGAAACAAUAAACAGGAUUCUCCAAUUCAAUAUUCUUUAAAUGUUUCAGAGAAUGAACAAUACCCUCUCUGCGACAGCAAUCUUCAAAAAAUGGUUUCGUUUAGUGGCAAAACAAGUUCCAAGGAUAAGUUUAUUUCUGAGUCUGAUUUAAUUAAAGCUAUCCAAUCUAAAGAAAUCUUACCGCUUUUGGAAGAUAUCAAUGAGAUUGGUUCUGUUAGUAGCAAAACUUAUGGUUCAUACCUAUCAAGUGUUAAUAAAAUUAUGUUAUUUUUGAUAUUUAUUGGUGUAUUAAUUACAGUUUUCGGAGGUAUCUUAAGCCAGUUUGGUUUCACAUAUUUCUUGGAUCUUAUUUGUGAGACAAAUAAUCAGGCUAAAGAUCUUGAUAUUAUUAAAGGUAAUGCUCCCAUGAAUGUAAUGCCAUAUGGACCCUCUAGAAACAUUGAUUUGAGAAAACAUGUUUCUAGAUUUGUUCUAGAUAAGUUCAAAGGUCCUCUUGAGUACAUUCUGGGAGUUCAUAUGAGUAGAAAUGGCCGGUUAAGUUUGGAUACAAAUCAACUAAUUGGAUCAUUUGGCUUAAUGCUAUUUAUUAUUAUUAUGAGUACUUUUGGUACAUAUAUAUUUGAAGCUGUAGCUUGUAUUCAAGCAUGUAAAUUCUUCCACAACAACUUGCUGUAUAAAGUCCUAAUUAAUUCAUCCAUACCAACAUUAAUGAAGAUAUCUGCUGGUCAGAUUCUCAAUAAGUUUUCAACUGACAUUAUCUUAAUCGACUGGAAUACGAUGAGGAGCUUUGGAAGAGUAACCUGGGGUCUUGUGUCUCUUGUGAUGAACAUAUGUAUAUUAAUAACCCUUGCUCCUUGGACCUUGCCUAUUUUCCUCGUAAUGAUGGGACUGGUUUUUUUCAGAAUCUUUCUUCCCAUGAUUGCAGCUAGCAGAAACCUACAAAGAAUUAAUUUGAUUGCAUUUUCCCCAAUAUGCUCCAUAAUGUCAUCUACUUUGGAAGGAUCUAGGACCAUAUUUCUGCUCAAGAAUAGCGAAUAUUUUGAAAAAACAGCUCUAAACAUACUUGAAUUUAUGCAAAGAAUCAGACUUCUACAGCAUACAUCAUUAAUUUGGUGUAACACAAGAAUUCAGUUCUUCAUUCUUCCCAUCUCCAUAAUUAAUUCAAUCUUUCCAUACGUUACCCCGUUUACACUGAGUUCAAUUGAGAAUAAACGUUCCAACUCGAUCUUUCUCUUUUAUUUGAACUUACUCUCUCAGCCAAUUACAAUUGCUUGGGGAAUCUCAAAAUGCCUUUCUUUGGCAGAGAAUGCAACAUGUUUAAUGGCAGACUAUAUCCAGCUCGAGAAGGAAAUGUGUAGUAUUGAAAGGAUUAACGAUCUAGUGAAUUUAAUUUCAAAAAAUGACAAAGACCGUAAUUAUCUACGCCACGAGGAAGAUAAGGUUGAGAAGAAUAUGCUUCUUAAACUUAAGAGCAAUUCCUCACGUAGAUCUCUGUUCUUAAACAAGGAUUCAGAACAUACCAAUUUCAAGAAGACUUAUGACAACAUAUUUGUUUCCCUUCUUUCUGCGAAUGACCUAUCCAACCACAGAAAUCCUGUCCUUUCUAUUUCAAAUGUCUUUAUUGACUAUGAAGUUCCUGAUAAAGGAGAACUAUGUAAGAAUUCAAUCCUAAAAGAUAUCUCUUUAAAAGCAUUCAGUGGAGAAGUUGUUGGUCUUAUCGGAAGAACAGGAUCCGGAAAAUCUUCACUCUUCAACUCUAUCUUAAAAAUUUCUCCAAUUACUUCGGGAGCAAUUUCUCUGCUUGGUCAGUCAAUUCAUUUAAUCCCAAGGCAUAUUCUCAGAAACAAAAUUGGGGUAAUUCCUCAGGCAAUGUGCAUUCUGCCCAAUUGUACUGUCAGAGAUGUUAUUGAUCCAUUCUUUCAGUAUAGUGACAACGAAGUUCAUAGUGUACUUAAAAUUUGUGGGAUCUACAAAUAUGUUAUUAACACACUCAAUGGAAUCAAUUCCAAGAUUUCUUUACAAAAGAAUCCAAUCAACAUCAGUGAAUCCCGCAAACCAAGGCUAUGUGCUUCUCCCUUAUGCCUAAGUAGCUUUAAAAUCUCCAAUGAACCCCCGCCAUUUGUCAUUUCUGAAAUUUACCUCAGAUUCCUCUAUACAUGCAGAAUAGUCCUUUACUCUAAAAACUACAAUCUAAUUCUUAUCGAUGAACCAAUCAUUUUCCAGGAUGAACUCUCCAAGAACUCAUCAAUGAAUGAGCAAACUAUGCAAAUCAUCGAUAUCAUCUCUACUUAUUGUUCUCAUUGUGCAGUGAUCACUAUUUCCCACGACAUCAACAUUAUCAAAAAAUGUAAGAGAAUCUACCACAUUUCGGAUGGUCUCCUUAAAGAAAUAUCGUUUAUUAACCCCCCCACCCUAAAUUAG